CUGCCACUGUCACUUUCCCAGGCUGAAUUCCCAAAAAUUCCUUUAAUUUCUAGUUGUCGUUUGGCUGGUAGCUUGAUUUUGCUGCCGCAUCGAGUUCAUAUAUUUUGUAUUUAGCAAUACACGUUCACGUGUAUUUUCCGUGGCAGCAAAGUUUUGAUUGUUUGGUGGUUGGAUGCAAAGUGAAGUGCGUCGUUUGUGUGUUGUUCUCGCUGGACUGGCCCUCAUUUUCACAGGAUUUUUAAGCCCGACCUCGCCGAAGCAAGCAACUAAUACGCAUUUCUUCGUACGAAGCUCGUGCAAUGGAGGAGGCUAAGGGUUUGAAGAACCCAAGCGAUCCCGUGAUGGAUUCAUCGGAUCUGGUUUCCAUGGAGACCGAAACGCCGAUGGAGGAGCUCAAAAACGAUGAGGAAGUAGGCGAGACCCUUGUGUCAUCUUCAGUGAACGGUUUGAUGGAUACAACGCGCGUAGAGGAGCCCAAAGCCGAAGACGAGGCUCCGGGAGCACUUUUAAAUCAUUUGCUGGACAUAACGUCCAUGGAGGAGUUCAAGGCCGACGAGGAGCCAGGCGUAGUAGCCCCGGUGGCAUCUAUACCGAACGGUUUGAUGGCAGAGCCCAAUGUUGAGCAGCAACUAGACGACUCCGCACUGGAACCACCAGAUAAUUUGAUGCACACAUCGCCCAUGAAGAAGCCAAAGUUAGACGCACCAUCAGCAGAAGAGGUUGCCGCCGCGACACGCAUCACGGACAUUGAAAAGCUGCGGCGCUUCUGCUACAUCGGCACCCCAAGUAUGACCGUUUAUUUGGUGUCGACGAUGGAAAAGUUGACUAAGGAAAAGUACGAAGAACUGCGCCUCCUCUGUGACACGGUGGGUGCACAGCAGCUGGCCGACUGCCUGGUCGAUGUUCUAAUAAACAACGACGAUUACUUGCCACGGCGCGAUGAGGCGAUGUUGGUGGUGGCCGUUUACCUGUCGACGUGUACCAAUCAGCUGGAGAGGGCGUUAUUUCGCAAAUAUUUCCCUCGGCUGGUGCGUACCGACACGGAACUGUUCAUAUUCACGGGGCUCGUGAAGCUGGUGCAGGAUUUGCGAGGGCGCAAAACCCCAUUAAGUCGCACCAUCCGCAAGGCCGUCAUUGAGUGGUACACCGACAAGUCGGCGGCUGUGCUGCUGCAAAUGUGGUCAAAGGGCGAGCAAAUCUGUGCCUCGCACAAGAAUCUGCUGCGUAUCUGCCACUAUCGGGAUGUGGAACUGAUUCCCGAAAUUAAGGCCACCCUGGAGCUGUUUUGCACCCCCACCAGGCUGCUGGGAAGCUGGCCGGAAUUCCUUAAUCCCCUUAUCGGAAGUAGGAAAAAAAUUGAGGGCAUUGUUAAGCUUCGUAAGGCCAUAAGUGCCCUGGAGGCACUGCCGAUACUGAAAGAGCUUUCGUUGACGUAUGAACAAGCGCCCGAGAAUUUUCGUGCCGAUCCCGUGCUCGCCGAAUACCUGAUCCCGACGAUCAGCUACGAGCAGCUGCUAAAGACAUCACCGCGAGUGUUGCGCCUAUGCAAGCGUACGCAGAGGGCCUCGUACAACAAAUAUGAGGAAUUGUUGCUCGACAAAACGAACAUGGAGGCGGCCAACAUAAACCCGCUGCGCAUCCUGCUGGAAACGAUGCGUUUGAAUAAGAACAACCGAGAGAUGAUCGCGGUCAAGCGGAAUAGGCCAAACUUUUUGUUUAAUGUCUAUGCGUCGUCAUUUGGACACAACAAGGCCUUGGGCAAGCGGCUGCACAUUACUCUAAGUCUAGAAAAAUUUUACCUAGGCAAGUGCCUCAAUGGCCGUUAUCGGUCUAUUAAUUAUCUGGACGCGCUUGUGGGUGUCGCUUUCGGAUAUUACAAGACCGACUCUGAUGGCAGUAAAGUGAACUACUGGUCCGAUCGCACUGGCAAGCUCAAGACUCUGCCCUGGACUAAUGCGAUGACGGUGGUGGAGGCAACGGAAUGUUGCAAAACUCAAGGGGUACAGAAAACUAAACAGGUGCUAACCCAAAUAUUAAAUGAGGCCAUGGAGGAUACAAAAACGUAUGAUGUAUUCUUAAUUGUGGUACCGGCCGCCACACGAGGUAACCCCUUCAACAGCUCAAAUACCUUAUCCAACCUCCUGAAAUUGUAUCGCGAGGAGCGAAAGUGUAACGCCAAAUUAAUUAUUGUCAGCUUGCGGCAGAAUCAGCCUUCGAUGGACUAUUGCACUGUGCACAAACAGAAUAUACUCGAGUUGUGCGGCGUGAGCGAGCAUACGGCUAGAAUCAUAAACGCUUUCGUCGGCGACAAGUUUCACUAGGAGCGAGAGGUGUGGCCACAGGAGAGAGAGAGAGAGCGAGCUAACGAGCACUAGGGACGAAUGCUCCAUCUCUUUCGCUUUCAUGACGCUAGGGUGACAGUCACCCCGCCCCACUCAUAUAAUAAUAGUAUUAGUUAUAAUGUUAGUCCACACACCCGCAUACACACAUAACAGCACCCAACACACACACACACACUCAGACACACACACACACACACAAGCGGCUUAAGUUCUGUUGUAACGCUCGUAUUGAGUACUCGAUUUUGAUUUUGAGAUUUGAGGCCUCCCAUUUGAACUGUAUCAGAUUAAUUGCUGCUAGUGCUUCAGGCAAAUGAUUUAAUUUUUAGAAAUCAAACUGAAUCCACAGAACUGAACUCGAAUCUAAAUUCAAUUUGGAUUUAAAACAAUCCCAAAGCAUCUGAGCGGAACGAAGUUAGAACAAAACACACCAAAACGUAAACGUAAAACCAGAAAAAAAAACUAAAACUAAAAACUAAAAAAAAAAAAGAAAACAAAACUGAAACUGAAACUGAAACCGAAACCGAAACAACAAAUUGCCUUACAAACAAAAAAUGUUAGUUAAACUUUCAUUUUAAGUUGAGACUUUCAAAAUACGAAUACGGGCAGCGAAACGUACUGAAACACAAAUUAUGGCAUUUAGAUAAUGUUAAAACAAGUUAAACUAAUCAUUAUCAUAUAAACAUAAACAUAAACAUAUGUAAACCUAAAAAUAGACUUAGCUUAAAAUAGUCCAAGUCAAGCAAUAUAUAUCAGUUGCAUAAUAAGUACAUAUAUAUAUGUAUAGUCGAAACGCGUACAAGGCAAGAAGAGACUCCCAAAUGUGCCAUACACACACACACACACACACACACAAAACACACACAUACACAGAAAUCAGUAUAGAUAUCGAGAUACCGAGAUAGCCCCUCCCCAUAGCUCUGAGAACAAUAAAAAGAGGAAACGCCGCAACCAAUUCGACUAAAGAAAUUAGCUAAGCGAAAUUAUACUUAAAUUAAAAUUAAAUUACAUUUACUGGUAUACAGAGCAUAGAAACCAAUUUGGAUGAUAAGAAAUUUAAACUAACAAGAAACGGAAAAUAAUGAAGAGAAGACAAAACAAAACAAAAAAAAAAUAGGAAAUAUUUUCACGGACAUUUCUAACCAAAAUGUUUCCACACGCAUCUGUGAAGUAAACCGUUGUGAUCGCCUUAAUUUUUGCUUUACACGAAAACAAAAUGUAACGAAACAAAACAAAAAUUGUAACACAAACAAAACUACAAAACAUUCAGAACUAGAACGAAAACGAAAACAAAUAAAAAGCAAGAGGAUAUAUAUUAGUUAUUCUGUAUUGUUUGUGAACUCGACAAAAAAAAUAUAUGGAAACACCAGUAGAAUGGAGCGUAACGUAACCGAAAAGUACCUUUACAACAAACAAAACAAAACAACAAACUGCAACUGAAACUAAGAAAAAAUAAAAAAAACAAUGCAAACAAAUUGAUGAAUUACACCAAAAUGGCACACAAAUCAAGCAACAGCUAACACAUUCAAUUCAAUUAACCCGCGCUGCCUGGCUCUCAAGCACACGAAUUAGAUAGAUGAAACUAUAGAAGAUCCAAACACACACACACACACACACACAUAGAUAUUACAUCAUUUGAAAUGAAACUGAAUACUGAUUCCAAAUGUUAUUUUUUGUAUUAUUUUUUGGGAAAUUAUUUUACUAAGAAACUUAGCUGUAAGCAACAUUUGUAAACUCUUACAAAGAGAACUCAUCUACCGCACCCCAAAGAGAAAUUAUUUCUAUGAUUUGCUGUGUGAUUUGUCCAAGUUCUAAACUACUUUAAAUGGGGAACACAUUAUAGCACGAUGAAUCAGAUAUCAGAUAAAUGAGGAAUAUAAUUAUUUUUUUUUGUGAAAA